AUGAACGAAACCGUUGCUCCUUCCACCAGCGAUGACCCUGCCGUCGACAUGGCAAACGAUGACGAUCACUCUCGCGAAUCCAUGCGCGACAACAACCCUCUCCCAACACAUAAGCUCGAGCACUUGAAGGUUGGCGCAAAUGGUGUACAGCUCCUGGUGUCUACAAAAAACCACUUGUAUGAUGCCAAGAACGUUGAAGGCGGCGACAGCUCGUUCCAAUGCGUUGGGGCUUGGGGCGAGGGGUCUGUCCAGGAACUUGGAAAAAUGGUAGUUUCGCAUCGAACACAUACGGACCGGCCACAUAAUACCCCUCCUGCAACGACUUUUCGAGGGACAGGACGGACGACGGCCUCCUUUACACAAGAUUCUGGCCCAUCUACGACGACAACAUAG